AUGAUUUUGCCCCUGAUCACGGAAUACUCAGCCGGUGGAAAGAAGCACUGGACGGAAUUGGAUGAGGAAUUCGGAAAACUAAGACCAGCAACAAGCGUUAACGGCAUCAAUUCUCGCUACAAGGUGAAGAAAUCGCUUAGUAGAACUAAAAAAGUUGUAAAUUCUGGUGAAACUCAAUAUCUGAAACCAGUUUCGCUCUGUCUAGCUGGUAGUUUUGACAAGGUGCCUGCCACAGCACACGUCUCAAGAAUAGCCAGCCGUUUUACUUGA